AUGUCCACCAUCGUCCUCAUCACCGGUGCCAACCAGGGCCUUGGCUUUGAAUGCGUCAAGAAACUCGCUGCCGAACAAACCAACUAUCAAAUCCUUCUAGCUUCUCGAAAUGCAGAAAGAGGCCGCGAAGCCGCCAAAAACAUCCAGAGCCUGGCCAAAGGAACAUCUAUCGAUGUCAUCGAGCUCGACGUCACCAAUGACGACUCGAUCGCAAAAGCAGCAAAGUACGUCGAAUCAAAAUACGGCCGUGUGGACGUUCUGUUCAACAACGCCGGUAUCUUUGGGGUCCCAGGCGCAAGCUUCCGUGAGGAGUUCCAGAAAGUGCUGGACACCAAUGUCGUCGGCGCAGGCUGCGUCACUGAAGCUUUUGUUCCGCUGUUGAAGAAGGCGGAUGUUCCUCGACUCUUGUUCAUGUCAUCUGGUUUCGGAUCUCUCACCUUGACAUUCGACACCAGCAGUCCGCUGUAUGGCUUCAUCUUCAAGGCUUACAACACUUCAAAGGCUGCAAUGAACAUGCUCGGCGCCAUGUAUGCCAUUGAGCUCGGCAAAGACGGUGUCAAGGUCAACAUGAUUGAUCCUGGAUUCCGGUCAACCAAUCUGAAUGGCUAUCAUGAGCAUGGUGGUGAUCCGGCAGAGGGAGCACUUCAAGCCUGUAAGAUAAUUGUCAAUGAUGACAAGAAUGGUCCUCAUGGUACGUUUACCGCAAAUGAGGGUCCUGUUCCGUGGUAG